GUCAUACUUCCCAGAUAUUUGGGAUAAAAGUAUUUCUAAAUAUGUAUCAUUACCAAUUUUAUAAUCAGAAAAAUUAAUUAAUACGUGUAUAUGGAGUGUGGGAGAUUGUGGAUUUUAGUAGAGGAAUGGCGGCAUCCGCAGUCCCUAGUGGUUUGUCUACAUAUGAUGCUUUAAAUCGUUUACAUGAUGAAAUCGAAACGGCAUUAAACAAUUAUAAAGAUCAAAAUAAGGACAGGCAAUUAAAACAAUGGCUUCACGAUGCAUUUCAUUACAAAAGCCCGUACACAACUUUCAACAUAGUAUCUGCCAUUUUAUUAUUGUUUACAAUAAUAAUAUUAAAUUUACCAAUAGCAAUUAAUUAUGAUAUAAAUUAUGAAUUAUUAAUAAGUUCAAUUAUUUUAUUAAUUAUAUUAAUGAUCAAUAUAAUAUUAGUGGGUAUUGAAAACCGAUUACGACAUAAUGAGAUGCCAAAGAGAGUUCAAGCAAUAUUAGCAACAUUAAAAUUAGCUAUUAAAAAUGUUAAAUGGAGUCCAGAAAAUUAUCCACAUUUAUGCACCCCAUUUUCACCAUGUGUUACAUUACAGUGGGUCUAUCGAGAUGGUGUUUUAGUAAAUUUACCAUGGGCGUUAUUGGUUAAAGAUGAUAUUAUUGUAAUUCGACCUGGUCAGUUAAGCCCUGGUCUAUGCGAAGCUUUGGAUAAAAAAGCUGAUUGUUUAAUAUUACGUCAAAGAGAGAUUUAUGGACCAACGUUGCCAUACGCCAAUGAAAUAUUUUCAAUACCAAAAUCAAAGAAACCGCUUAAAAAUCAAUUAUACAUAUUACGUGAGACACCAUAUUUAAAUAAUUUAAAUAUUGCGUUAGAGCGGGCACUAAAUCGACCAAUCUCACAAUUCGAUAAUGAUCGAUACUUUUUAUUUGAUAAAUGUGUAUCGUUUUAUCUGUAUUUCACCUUAUAUUGUUUAUCAAUCUUUAUAAAUUUUUUGAAAUUUUCAUAUUUAUCAAUGGAAGAGAGUCAAGAAACCAUUGAUAGUAAUUAUUGGAUACAAUUAUUUUUAUUAGAUCCAAUAUUAAUUACGUUACCAUUGUUACCGAUUAUAUUUCCAAUAUUUUGGAUUGGUUUUAAUAUAUUGGGUCUUUUUUUUAAUAACACAUCAAAGAUACCAUUAAAAAUUGAAUCAGAUCAUUUUACUGAGCCCGAAUCAUUAUCGGAAGCAGAUAUUGAUUUUAAAUAUCGUUGGAGUGAAGUAUGGGAUAUUUUUAUAAAUAUUGUGACUGGAAAAGAAUUAAUGAUGACUCGUUCAGCGAAUAUUUUGCAUGUAUUUGCACAGUUGUCGGCGCUUUGCGUAAUAGAUAAAAAAGGAAUUUUAUCAUGGCCUAAUCCAACAGCUGAAAAAAUAUUUUUUUUGAAAAACAACGAAAAUGUUUCACAAUCGUCAAGUAUAAAUACAUUAAAUCAUGAGAACAAUGAGAAUGAGAACGAAGAAUCGAUAUUGGUUGAUGACGAAACAACAAUUUAUAGCAAUAAAACAACAGCAACGACUACAACAAUGAAAUUAAAAAAGAAUAAAUCGUUUAAUCGCGAUCGUAGUGCUUCCAAACAUCAUAAUCGUUACAGUGAUAAUAUGAUCAAUGAAUCAGUAGCCGAAGUUUUAGAUUUAACACACAAUCAAAAUGUACCGUUUAAAUUAGAAUUUGACGAUCACGAUUGGAAUCAACAUUUAUCAUCGUUAAAACCAAUUGGCCUAGCAAUUUUAUUAAAUACAUGCAAUAUGGAUACUCAGGAAAGUUAUAGCAGAUUUUGUUCACAUAUCACAUGUGAAGCCAUGUACAAUGAAAAUUUAGUACCUGUAGCAAAUCGACGUUGUUUGUGUGAGCUAUCGAAGCAAAUCGGCUUUGUUGAGCCAACAGCUAAAAAUAUUUUUACAUUAGAAGAACAAAUAUCUACAUUUAGACAUUUGCAAUCCGAUAUGGUCCGUAAAGAUAAACUUGCCAAAGCGUUACAUCUAACAACAAAAUUGAAAUUUCCAUUUCCACAUAUGGUCGCCGUUAUUGUUAAAGAAUGUAAUAUUGAAUCGUAUCAAUUAUUUUCACAAGGUACAGCUGACAUCAUUUUAGAUUCAUGUAUCGAUUAUUGGAACGGUUACGAUUUACAACCUCUUACAUCAGCGGAUCGUAAAAAAAUUACCGAUUUUUAUUCACGUACAAGUUUAACAUCGUAUUGUACCGCAUUUGGAUAUCGUCCCAUUUAUAAUAAUCAUUCGUGUGCGUUAAUUGAUAAUAAAUUAUCACAAUUAUAUUUUGAAUUACCAUCAAAUAGUAAAUUACAUCAUACAUCGUUGCAAUUACAAAAUUAUCAUAUUUCACGAGCACCGUACAUCGGUCAUUUACCAACACAACAUCAUCAUUUAAUCAAUAAACAUUUGAUUAAUGAUGAAUAUAAUGAUGAUCAGUAUUAUUAUGGCGCAGGCGCAUCCCAUUUAAAAGGGAUUUUAAAUCAUUUUCAUUCAACAGAUUCGUUAUUAUAUGGCAAUAAUAACAACAUGGACAAUUUAAAUAUAUUUAACACAUCGGAUACGGAAACGAAUUCCAAAAAUCAAAACAGUAGAAUUACAAAUAUUGAGGGAUGCAUUCAAAUGCAAUGCAAUCAAGUAUUCUUGGGUAUGGUUACAAUGCAAUAUCAAGCGCAAUCGGAUAUGGUACAAUUAAUUGAACGAUUAGAACGUGCCUGUAUACGUUUUGUACAUUUUAGUAAAGAAAAUGAGUUGCGGUCACGUGUUUUCUCUGAGAAAAUGGGAUUGGAAAGUGGUUGGAAUUGUCAUAUAUCAUUAUUAUCAGAUAAAUCACACUUGUCGGAAUGUUGGGCUAAUAAUGGUACAGCAAGAGUAUGGUCACCAUCAUUAUUUCCACAAAAAAUUGUAAAUCGCCGCCAAAAAGAGCAUUCAUCAAACGAUGAGGAAACACAAUGUUUACUAACGUUCAGUACGAAUUUAGAAAGAACAAAGACAAUAUCAAUAUCCGCGCCAAGUGCCAUCAACUUAGAUUGUACUGUUGUUAAAUUUGAUGAAGAUACGAUAUUAGAAUCUGGUGGAGGAGGUGCCGGUGAUAAUCCUACAACACCAUUAAAUGCAAACGAUAAAUUAUUAUCAGAUGUACAGGAUGAAUCAGAAGAUGAUAGUGUAAUGGUACAAAGUGUGGAUUUAAGUAGUCAUCAAGAUGGUUGGCCUUCGUUGAGUUGUUUAACAGAUAGUACGGAACAAAGUGCUCCUGUUAAUUUUGAUAUGUCAAAUCGAGCAAAAUUACCACGUGGUAUAGAAAAUAUACGUCCACAUUUAGAAUCAAUCGAUAAUGUUCCAUUAUUGGUGUCAUUAUUUACGGAUUGUACACCAAAUGUAACCACUGAAAUGUUACGUAUUAUGCAAGAUUAUGGGCAAUCGGUUUGUGUUCUUGGUUCCGCUGCGAAUGCUGAUAAUAUUGAUGUAUUCAUGCAAGCUAAUAUUAGUAUUGCAGUAGAACCAUUAUAUCCGCAAGUGUGUCAACAAUUACCAGUGUUUAUACCAGUGAAUCCAGUUCAUGGACCAUCGCCAAUCAAUUUAAAUCGUUCUUUGAAUGCGUUACCAUGUGCGUUAACGUUUCGACGUGAGGAUCCUGUCUCCUUAUUUCAUUUAAUAUUAGAAUCCAGACAUUAUAUGCUUACAUUCUGGAAUUGUAUUCAAUUUUGGAUAUGUGCAAUGGUUACAAUUACAUUUCUACAAUUGAUUAUAAUAGUAUUAUUUUUGCCAUCGCUCUUAUCAAUUCAUCAAGUUCUAUGGUUAAUUUGUAUUAUAGUUCCAAUAUUAUCGAUCUCAUUUAUUGGUAAUAAUAAAGAUCCAAAUGUUAUGCAAAGACCUGCACAAAAACUACAAUCUGGAUUUAGUUACGAUUUAUCAAUAAAUUUUGUACAUCGUGAUCAUUUAACAUGGAAACGUAAUCCAUUAAAGAAUCGAUUAUGGUGUUUUAUAUAUACAACAAUAAAUAUAUAUUUAUUACAUGAUGUAAUAAGUGUCUUACCAUUUAUAUCUUUACCAUGGCAUAUUAUCGUAUUCAUUUGCUUAUCGCCAUUUUGUACGUUUAUUAUAGCUGAAAUUAUUAAAUGGCAAGAAAUUCAGAUAAAUUUACGAUAUUUACGUCGAGCACGUCUUGAAUUUGGUACAAAACUAGGAAUGAAUUCUCCAUUUUAA